GCAAGCAACCUCAAAUUGUUCCGCAUUCUGAUCCACCUCCCCUUUUGUUUAUUUGUUCCGCAUUCUAAUCCACCUUGCCAAAGUUAGAUAAAGCAAAGAAAAUAGACGUUUUUAGGCUUAUAAUGAAUCCCAGAAAGCAUGUUUAUUGGUGAGUUGCCUUCAUGCUUGAUGUCAAUGCAAUGUCAAGAAAUUUUGAGAGUUUUUCACAAAAUUUUUAAGAGUUUUCACUGAGGCAGCCGGGCCCUUGGGGAAUAUUCCAUGAGUUAUCGUUCAGGCUUAGGGGCCUGUUAUACAACUUGUUUUGUCUGUCGUUCAUCGUGUUUGUGGUUCGUUAUCGUUAACGAGGAUGUCUUUCGAUGUUUGCGUCAGUCCAUUUUGUUUGUCAUCGUGCCAUCGUUAUUUUGUAAUUGUAGGUUGCUGCUAAUUAUACGAUCGCUAUUGAAGAAUCUUGGUUUUUUAAAAACGUUAUUGCGAACUGGAGUCUGAUUUAUCAGCUUUACCUGUCCUGUAAAAUACGUUAUUUUACAGGCCCUGUACUCAAUUACACUCUUUUUUUAUAAGAACCAGUAAAUUUAAGUUCAGGCUGACUGUUCAUAAUUUUUUCGAAAAUCUGAGGCUACAUUGUUCUUAAUUUGUUCUUAAAUUAAGAGAGUGUAAGCAGUGUUAUUGCUAGCUUUUUCGCUCUAAGGAGGUGUUCAGGCCUCAUUUGCCAAAAUAAGUAAGUGAGACAGCCUUAAUUUGCUGACAAAUUUUAAUAUUCACCGAAAAAGCACCCACAUAUCGCUAAAAAUGCUCGAUUUUGAGAAAAAACGUUGUUCAAAACUGCAUUUUGCAGAAGCUCAGCGUCAGCUUGUUCUUAAUUUGUUCUUAACUUUUGACCAGUUUUGAGACUCGUGUUCUUAUAAAAUUGUUCUUACAAAAAAAAGAGUGUGUCACAUAAAAAACCAACAUUAAAGAAAUAUGCUGAAGCCCCUAAAGAUGCGGGGCCUUUUCUUUGAACACUAAAGGUAGCUUUGAUCCGUUACGCCACUGGUUUUCAUAAACCACAAGUAUUCGACAGUUAAACAUCAAAAUGACAUCCCUUAAUUGUCUCAAAGUAUAUCUUUAGAAACAGGGAUUUUUAUCAUUUCUCAGAAACAAUCCCGCCAAAUUCCGCUUCACUCAGCAUCGAAGCUUCUCAUGACUGAAGUUUCUCAAUCAUUAGACUUGUUAUAGAAACGAAAACUUCUUUCUUUGAGAAAAGCGUAAAAGAAUUAUGAGAAAACCAAAGCAAAAGAAAAGGUCAAAAAUUAUGAUGAACUAUUUGUCUUUUUCAAGGGUUGCCUCCUAGGGAAGAGUGGUCCUGUCCUCGUGGGCGAUGUGUAUGCUCUUUUCUCGCUGUCUCAAACGCUUGCUUUCAAAAUGUUUUCAUUUUUUUUAAAACCUUUUUAUCAAUGGCAUAUUUUCCACUUUGAAAAAAUUCUAAGGAAUAAUAACCAAAAAUUCUAUAAAAGGAAACUCUGUAUGCUAAUAAUUACAGCAUAUAAUUUCAACUUAUUGGUUGUGAGUUUACGCUUACAGAACAAAUAUUCGACGACAGUAAAUCAUUUGAAAAUUCUGAAAAAUUUAAUAUUCAAAAAUGUUUGUUGACCGAUUAGGUAAAAUCGGAAAAUCUAUACUUCAUACUCAAGGAUCAGGGGCGAACACAAGUCCAAUAUCAUAUUUCCAGAGUAGAAGUGAAGUGAAAUUAUGAGAGAGAAGGCACACUUUCCUUUAUACAAGAAUGGAAAUUCAAGAAUUAAUUUUAACAGUAAUUACAAGGCUCAAAUUUUGUCGACAAUUUGACGCUAUUUGAAUGUUUUGAGCAAACUAGAGUGCCGUGACUUCCAGGUAAAAGCUUUGAGCAACACACAUGUUGUAUUGUGUUAAGACGUUUCUUUUUUUAAAUGUUUUCAAGACGACAGUAGCAAAGAUUUGAACUUUCCUUCACAACUUUCAAGUUUACAUAUUGUGUCGUUCGAGAAAGAAUCAUAACUUUUUAAGAUAUUGAGGCUCAGCGAAACUCAGGUGUACUUAUAAAAAGACGUGUAAAUUGCAUCUUUCAGCGAGUCUUAAACACACGUUGUCAGCGAAAAAACGACCUAGCAGGCCUGAUAAAAGAGGAAGUAUUCUGUGGUCUCAUCAGCCCACUUGAAGCCUCUAUAGUGCUUCUAAGAAUGCGGAGUUUGAGUGACAGCGGUUGACAAAUAACAAUGUAGGUUGACAAGCUAUUGAUGCAUGACAACGACAACGAUUUAAAUACAGCUCACAUCCGCUCAGCGAGGUUAUAUUACAAACGCUAUCUGCAACCAAAGUGGUUAGGAAUUAGAGAAAUUAGAGAAAAGAGCACAACCAAUUUUGUAGAGUCACUGUAUCAAACAUCCAUACACUAGACGACGAAACUGUUUGUGAUUUACGCAGGACAAGCAUUCAAAAGACAAAAUUUUCAGCCGCGGGCGAAAGGCAUAAAGGACUCAGCCUCCCAGUAAGCCUAUAGAAGUCGAGUUAUUAGCCUACCCUUCGAUCGACAGACGUCAUAUGGGAAGAUUUCGUCUUCCCAAACUCGGAUUUAUUGCGAAGAAGAGGAAGUCGCGCUCCGUAGACCUGCCUGCCGAUGAUUCCAGCCUUGAAUUCGAGCGAAUAAGAGAGCGGGCGAUACGACGAUGGCAGACGUAUACCCCAGGCUGCACGACUGUGCUGGUGUCCGGUCGCAGCCCAAUAGAAGAGUUCCAUCGACUAUUUCCUUCCCUUCCCUCAGAAGAAUUCCCUCUUAAUGUUUACACAUGCGCACUAAGCAAGGAUAUCUUGCUCCAAGGAAAGAUGUUUGUGUCACAAAAUUGGAUUUGUUUCUAUUCAAACAUCUUUGGUUAUGAGACGAAGGUGAAGAUAGAGAUGGACAGAGUUGUUGCCAUCAAAAGAGAAAAAACAGCGUUUGUUGUUCCGAAUGCAAUUUCAGUGCAAACACCAAACAAAAGAUUUUUCUUCUGCUCAUUCUUGUCCCGUGAGACUGUCUUCAGACUGCUGUCUAGAACCUGGAGAGCAUCUUCAACAAAUGAGCUGACCGAUGGUAGGCCCAAUAGCACAACAGGUGAAAUUCUUGAUAUCCAAGCAAGAGAUUGCAACCAAAACGACUCAACAAUCUCCAUGUUUGAUUCGAGCAUGGAUGAGCCGCGAGCCGUUUGCAGUGAUAUCGAUGACAUCAAACUGAAAUCAAGGACGGAACCCGAUGGUAUUCUGUUCCCACAAACCGUUCACGUUCACAAUUUACACCGCCUGAACGGCUACCACAGGGUCAGCAUAUCACUAAAGCCUGAAACGAGGAUAUCGCGCUGGAACACGGUAUCGGAUCUAAGAGAGGCUAAGGCCAUGAAGCGAAAGAAGGGACGGUCAUAUUCGUCUAAUGAGCGGAUUGCACCACUAAAAAAGGAAAGCCUGAGCGAAGACUCCCGACCUCGGCUCACCUCGUCAGUGGUUCGAUGGACACAAACGAUUUGGGAUAGUUGUAGUAACAAAAUUAAUUCUGUUUUCAGUAGACCAAGAAAUCUCUCUGUACUCUUUCAUCUAAUUUGCAUUGCAAUUAUCAUUCUUGGCGUUAUGUCCAUUUUCUUAAUUUACAAGAUAAACAGACUUAGCCAAGUAUUUGUCGAGAGGGAUCACGGCCUUCCUCAUUGUUCUUUGAUGGGGGACAAAGAUUCACCGAGCUUCCGAGAUUUCAUAGCUACCGAUAAACUUCGAAGAGUGAAUACAGUUCUGGCAAGUAAUUUACAUGCUGUGCAUGAGGUAAGAAAGUUACGUCAUCAAGACAAUGUUUGCUUUCUGAGGAGGCUCAAGACGCUUUACGGAAACUCAAAGAAGACUUAAAGUGACGACUAUUAUGAAUAAUUUUAACAAAGUUCCCUGGUAAGGAUGUGAAUAUGAAAACUUAGCUCGCUGAAUUCAAACUAUCAAAGAUAUCAUUUCUGUAGUUGCUGUUGGGUUUUUAAAAAUUUGUACAGAUUUUUCGGCUGAAUUAGCGUGUAUCAAAUGUAGUGUGCUGUGUUAAAUUGUCAAUUUUGAAGAUUCUAUAAGAUAGAAUGAAGCACAGAAUUUUAUUCUAUUUAGUCUGUUGUUUAAGUGCAUGCACAGAGUAGCCAGUUGUUUAGGUAUCGGAGCUUUGUCUUCAUUUAAGGUGCAUGUUUUUAUAAAUAGGCCUUUAUUUAAGAAAGUGCUAGUGUGUUUUAGCAAAUGGUUUUACCCCUGUACAUUUCGAUACUUUGUACGGAAUUUUUAUUAGACAUUUGUGUAGACAGAAAAAUCGCGAUCUGUUGAUCGCUUUACGAACAAUUUGGAGAUACAGCUUAAAAUGUUUGUGCCAGUCGGAUGCAAUAAAGGUUUAUCAAACGCAAAAUUCUAGCGUAGAUGAGGCAGCUUAAUACCUGAUUCAAGGUAUAGCCCCCGAACCCCUAGCACCCUGUCCAAGGGUUUUGUGGCAUACGUUCCGUAGGGGGAUUACCAUUCUGACAAGGGGGUGUGCCCAAUUUUUAGAAAAUACAAUGUUAAUCUAAGUUAAUCCAAAUAAAGUUUGUUUAUUUAACAAAUCUUAUGAUGCAAAAUAAAGAAAUAUUCUAUGAGAGCACAGACGUGAUUUUGAUGAGAGCGCUAUGCUUUACCCCUUUUUUACAACACCCUGGUCUGCAUUUACAACACCCUUUCAUUUCUAAACAGACACAAAUAUUAAAGGCAACCUACAGAUAUUGAAGGGGCUUAAGCCAUCUUUCAAUAAGAAAUGGGCCAAUCAGUUAGUGUGAUACCACUCACACCCUCGCUGAUUGGCUCAUAUUGAUUGACUGAUGGCUUAGGUCACUUUUAGGUCACGAUUGCCUUUAAAUUACAAAUGAAAGCUUUUUUAAUGAUAGCAGCCGCUGGCGGCUGUUCAGUGUAGAUCCCCUUUUUAUGUCAGAAAACGUUGCCUCUCAUCUCCCUUUCAUUACAACCCUACCUGUGAUCCAUUCCAUAUUGCCUCUAAUAAACGCCUUGUCUCAAAUAAUCGUCCCUCCUUUCCGCACAGAAAAUUAAUAAACGCCCAGGCGAAAUACACCCACACAACUCAUUCAACCUUAUUCUUGAGGUUGAAAUCACUCUUAUUAGCAUGCCCUCUUAUUGAUAAUAUAAUUUGAGUCGAUAACACGAAACACGUUUUUAAAUGAAUUAAUUUUGGCUCGAUAAUACUUAAUAUGCAGCUUACGUUAGGAUUUUUUACGCAAUCGUAUUUUAAAGCAUUAUUUUAGCACAAGCAAACAGCAUUUUUAAUCAAAUCCCUCCAUCGUUAGAAAACAGAUGUUCACAUCUUGAUCUACGUUGCGUAAUACAUGAUAACACCAAAACUUGUUAGGCAUAACCGAUAGCAUUUACUAGAAAAUCUUGUAUGACUCGAGUGAUGAUUGACGACAUGUCGUCGUUCCAUUUAGCAGAUUCAGAAUUCUUCAUCGCCUCCUCCCCGCAUCGAGGCUCGCUAUGCAGAGCACAGUUUAUUACGUCCUGAUUAGGACAGUAUUCCUAUUGGCUAUUUCAACUCGGAAUUAUCUAGUUUCCAUACUGCUCGACCUAAUAGUCAUAAAUAAGCAUGAUUAAUAGUCAUAAAUUAGUAUGAUUAAUUAUUUCAAGUAAAGGGUUAGGUUUAGGUUUAGGGUUAGGUUUAGGGUAAACUAAGUACGUCAUCAGGUCGAGCAGUAUGGAAACUAGACAGCUCCUUCCAACUCGCUCUUGACAGCAAUAAAUCAAAUUUACAUAUAUCAUACCAACACACACCCUAUUCCGUCAGUUUUUUACAGAAAAGACAGAGCGUUUUUUGAGGAUAGGGACAAUAUGUAGGAAGGGCUUGGGAGGGUGCACAGCGACCUCGAUGCUACGAGAAGGCUCGAAGAACUCAAAUCGGAGUUCACCGUCGCCGAGUCUCCUCCAAUUAGGAUUCCAUCCAUAUAAAACUGAAAAAACCGCUAUUUGUAAACAGAAGGAGUUCGUUCUCAACCUUCGCAACAUUUUCAAUAGGCAAGGGGCACUGAUUGGGCAACCUUAACAGUCAUGUGCUCCCGUUUCUGAUUGGCCUAUUUCGAUCCACCACUUAGUAUAUAUAUAUUCCCUAGCUUAAGUUUAAUCGACCAUUACUUUGAAGUUUAAUGCUUUGAAUUGUGCCAGGCGAAAGGUUUUGUAUGUUUUCAAAUGUAUACAUUCUUUAAAGGCUUUUUUUAAAGAUAAUCACCACUGUGAAAUCCAACAGGCCUAUUACAUUAUCUUCUCAAGUAUUUUCUAUUUUCGAAAUUUGCUGUUUGUUUCAAAUGUAAGUUAGAAUAAUGAAGCACUUAGUACAUUACACAAAAUUAGAUACAUCACGCUCACCACAAUUCUUAGAAAUUAUUUGUUUUAAAUUACAAGAGCUGUUAUAAAUGUAAUGAUUUGAUAGAUAUUGUAUGGAAUUAAUGAACAUGGAGUUUAAAAGGCUAUCAGAUGAAUAUAAUAUGAAAUGUGCAAGAUGCAUA